AUGGCGACUACAACAUCUAUAGCGACCAACAAUGGAACACUGGAAGCAAAGGCACCAGAGAAUUCACAGCAAGAUUCAUUCUUUGAAGAUGUCCACUUUCUAGGUGAUAAAGAAGGUCGCGUGGUCAUCCGCUCACCCCCGAAAUUCGAAGAUAAAGAAGCAGAGUGCGCAUACCAAAAGCAGCACUUGGCCGUCGCAUUCCGGGUAUUCGCAAAGCAGGGCUUCGACGAGGGUGUUGCUGGACAUAUCUCUCUUAGAGAUCCUAUUAAUCCAGAACACUUCUGGAUCAACCCACUUAGCAUGCACUUCUCAAUGAUCAGCGUCUCAGACCUCGUCCUAGUAAACGAAUCAGGACAAGUCCUCCCAGGAGGAGCCCAACACCCAAUUAACGGCCCAGCCUUCGCAAUCCACAGCGAAAUCCACAAAGCCCGACCAGAUCUCAACGCAGCCUGCCACGCACACUCCAUCUACGGAAAGGCCUUCUCCUGCUACGGCCGACCAAUCGAGAUGCUAUACCAAGACGCCCUACGUUUUUACAAUGACCUAGCGGUGUACAACCGAUACGGCGGCACAGUCGUUUCAACCGAAGAAGGAGCUCGUAUCGCCAAAGCGCUCGGCCCAACAUGUCGGAGUGUGAUUUUGCAGAACCAUGGUAUGAUCACUUGUGGUCGGACUGUGGAUGAAGCCGCGUUCCUGUUUAUAGCACUGGAUCGAUGCUGUCAUUCGCAGUUGCUUGCUAAUGCAGCCACCGGACCGGGUUGGGAGAAGAUCCAUAUUGGUAAAGAGGAGGCGGAGAUGACGCAUAAGAAGAGUGGGAACUCGAGUAAGAUGUGGUUGGCUUUCCAGCCAUACUAUGAUCAGGUUGUCAAGGAGGAUCCAUCGGUUUUGGAGUAA